GUUAUAAAUAAUUAAUUUCUCUUUUCAAGGUAUUGGAUUUGCUUUUGCUCAUACAUUGCUGCCAACAAUCUUAAGACAACAUUUCAACAAAAAUUUCAAUAUGAUCAAUGGAAUAAACAUGGCUGGAUGCUGUUUAGGAGCUGUAGUAAUGUCGCCAGUAGUCCAGUAUCUAGUUGAUGAAUAUGGCGCAUCUGGAAUGUUCUUGAUUCUCGCUGCAAUCGUUCUUAACUGCGUUCCUGCGUGUAUAGUUUUAAAGAACCCGAGAAAUGAGGAAAUAAAACUUGUAUCUAAGCCGAAAGAACACGAAAAGCCAGUUCCUGAUGUUUCCAUAAUCUCAGAAACGAACACUCAUUUCGAAAAUUUAGGUUUUGUUUCCGACGAAGAGAAACAAAAUGGCGAACUGCAAUCUGCGAGAAUUAAUGUUAUUGACAAACAUAUGAAAACAAACACAAAUGAUAAAUCAAUAGAAGAUAUUCCGAAUGUAAAGGACCACGAGUUUUGUAUAGAUCAAAAUGAAAAGAAUUUAUCAACUUUAUCAAAAUUAAAUAACAGUGAACAAGUUCACUACUUUCCAAUUGAGAAGAAACAAAAAGACUUUCAGCGGUCUUCAGACGUGGAACUGGUGCGCUUUUCUGAAAAAAUCAAAUUCGAAGAACAUGCACCGAAUAAAGAUAAUGAUUCGGAACUUUGUAGAACAGAGUAUGAAAUCGAAUGUAAAAACCAGAAUGAAUUGAGGGCUGUUAACAAAAAAACACCCAAAGCGAACAACAAAAAACCAGUGUCGUGGCAAUUAAAACAUUUAUUUACAGAUCCCGCAUUUUACUGUAUAAUGAUAGUUAAUAGUUUACACGCGUUUGUGAACACAUUAAACUGGGCAGUAAUCAUGGAUUUCGGGAUAGACAAAGGGAUACAUCCUGAUUUGUCUUUGUAUUUUGUGAUGUUCCUUCCUGUUGCUGAAAUGAUUGGCAAUUUAAGCUUAAACUGGGUUGUUGAUCGAAAGUUCAUGACGAGGGCCAACUAUGCUGCUUUGUGCUUUGUUAUCUUAGGACUUGAUUCUGAGUUCAUAGAAUGGUCUUACAACUUCAUUCUGACUUUGAUAGCAGUCAUGAUAUAUGGGUUUGUAUCAGGAGCUGUGAGAUCUACUUUUCCGGGAAUGAUCUAUGACAGCAUUGAUAAAGAUAAACAAAGCAUGGCAAUGGCAUCCAGAUUUUUACCAUAUGGUUUACUAUGUUUCGCCAAAGCUCCAGUCGUAGGUAGGUUUAAAGCUCAAAUUCGUGAUAUUUAA